GAGUAGCGUUAAGUCUUCGGAGUUCUGUUGUCGUGGCUUGACUAGGAGCUCAUCUCCUUCGUAUUUAUUGUUACUUGUUGAUCCAGUGUUGAGUUUUUCAUUUAAAAUUAUCGCGAUUAUGGGAAAAAUUUUCGUAAUUUGAAGUCGAGACAGUUUCAAUUUUUACAAAAUUUGCUCGGACAGGAAUAUUGUGCGAUAAUUUUAUGUGUAUUGAUUGAGCUUAUUCAGUGCUUUUUAUUGCAUUGUAAGAUUUUGGACUAACAAUUCGACCGAACUAUCAAGACGAUGGCGUUAACUCGAUCUCCAAAAUACGCCGAGAAUAAUCAACCUUUCACCGUUUUAAUUGAGGGUAAUAUCGGAAGUGGUAAAACGACAUUCCUUAAUCAUUUCAAUAAAUUCGAUGACAUUUGUUUAUUAUCGGAGCCCGUGGAGAGAUGGCAAGAUGUUGGCGGAUGUAAUUUGCUUGACUUGAUGUAUAAAGAGUCCAACCGAUGGGCGAUGCCGUUUCAAACAUAUGUAACCUUGACAAUGCUGGAAAUGCAUACGAAGCCAACGGAUAAGAGUGUGAAAAUAAUGGAGCGUUCAUUGUUCAGUUCAAGAUAUUGUUUCGUGGAGAAUAUGUAUGCUAAUGGAACCCUCCAUAAAGGCAUGUACCAGAUACUGCAGGAUUGGUAUAGGUUUAUUGAGAAAAGUAUUCAUAUUCAAGCUGACUUGAUUGUUUAUCUUCGAACAAGUCCUGAAGUUGUAUUUGAACGUAUGAAAACGCGUGCGCGGUCUGAAGAAAGCUGCGUACCGCUAAAAUAUCUGGAAGAACUUCACGUCUCUCACGAAGACUGGCUUGUACACAGAAAAAGGGGCAACCCGAACACGCCCGUUUUAAUCCUGAAUGCUGAUCUAGAUUUGGAAAAUAUUGGGUCAGAGUACAAACGUUCGGAAGACAGUAUUUUUAAGGCGUCAAUACGAGAGCCAAUCAUGCGUGAGCCGAUAUAUGUAUCGCCUAGCAAACGUGAACGAUUGAGUAGUUAAGGAUUAAGAGAACUAAGUGAUAGUAUAGAAUAAUCUGAAUCUUUUUUCGGCAUUUUAAUUAUUUUGUAAUUAAUAAUUUUUAUAUUCACAUAAGGGAUUCUCUAGAUUUAGUAUUUUUUUCCCAAAUAUGCUUGGCAUUUCAAAACGGGGAGAUGACCGGGUACGAUUUAAUCGCUCGCGUAAUUUUACAGUCCUUUAUUGAAGUGUCAGAUUAGUUUGGGGAGAUAAAUUGUAGAUAUAAACUACCGCUCAAAAGUAUUUGUCCAAAUAAUAAAUUACUAUUUCAAACGAUGACAUUUUAAAAGCUCCAGUUCUUUGAAAUAGUGUUUAGAGUACAUUGUAAACCGUAAAUAUAUUGCAGGCGGUGGAAUUAUUAAAUGUUAGUCUCAUCAA